AACAUAGGACCAAUAUGAAAUCCAAACAAAUGUCCAUUCCAUAAAAAUAACAUAUGGCUUCAAUCUCAAACAUUACAAGUUCUAUUAAACCAACAAAACCUACCAAGAUGACACUUGAUUUUCAUUUUCAAACUAGAUCAAGUUUGUUGCAACAUUAUUAUAGACCCUUGAGCUUAAAGUGUUUGUCUGCAAAAAUGAACAAUGGUAAUGUGAAAAUGACAAAGACAAAGACUAUUCUUCAUGAUCUUUAUGAGAAACAAAGACAAAGUCCUUACUAUGAUAAUCUCUGUCGACCCGUUUCAGAUUUGGUUCCGUUCAUCUCCUCUGGAAUCAGAGGUGUUACUACCAACCCUGCGAUAUUUGAAAAAGCCAUAUCAUCAUCGAAUUCUUACAAUCAGCAGCUGAGGGAUUUGGUAGAGGCAGGAAAAGACAUAGAAAGUGUUUACUGGGAAUUGGUUGUGAAAGACAUACAUGAUACUUGCAAACUCUUGGAACCAAUUUAUAUUGAAUCAGAGGGUGUAGAUGGAUAUGUAUCUGUUGCAGUUUCUCCCAAGCUUGCAAAUGAUACCAAAAGGACAAUUGAAGCAGCAAAAUGGCUUCAUAAAAUGGUUGCGUGUCCAAAUGUUUAUGUUAAAAUUCCUGCAAUUGAUGAAUCCAUUCCUUCGAUAAAGGAAGUUAUUUCUCUUGGGAUAAGUGUAAAUGUCACUCUCAUAUUCUCUCUCCCUAGAUAUGAAGCAGUUAUUAAUGCUUACUUGGAUGGUCUUGAGGCUUCUAGCAUGAAUGAUCUGUCUAAGGUUUCAAGUGCAGCAGCUUUCUACAUCAGUAGAGUUGAUGUUGCAAUUGAUAAGAAACUUGAGGAGAUUGGUACUGCUGAGGCUCUUGAUCUCACAGGAAAGGCUGCAGUUGCUCAAGCAGUGUUGGCUUAUCAGCUUUACCAGAAAAAGUUUUCGGGUCCGAGAUGGGAGCUCUUGGAGAAGAGAGGUGCCAAGAAGCAAAGAUUGAUGUGGGCAUCAACCAAUGUGAAAAAUUCAUCUUACCCUGAUACUUUUUAUGUUAACUCCCUUAUUGGACCAGAUACGAUUUCAACCAUGCCACCAGACCCUGCUCUUAAAGCAUUCAUGGACCAUGGUAUUCUUUCGAGAACCAUUGAUGCAAAAGUAUCAGAGGCGGAAAACACUUACAAUGCAAUUGAGACGCUGGGGAUUGAUUGGAGUUGUGUUGGAUCACAACUUGAAAACGAGGUGCUGGAUUCUUUCAAAAGAAGCUUUGAAAAUGUGAUCGAAUGCUUGGGAAAGAAGGCUAGAAUGCAAGCGGUAGAUGGAUAGAAAAACUCAGUGCAUACAAAUAAGCCAAUGCUUGAUGCAUAUGGGAUUUGAUAAUGUAAAGCUUGGUGUGUGACUAAAAUAAUUUCUUUUCUUUACCUGUCACAAAUGAUGCUGUGUUGAAUAAAACUACCACUCACUCUUUAAA